GUAGCCAAUCGCCAAGCUAUCCAUUUUAGUCGCCAUUUAAAGCCGUCAAAUCGCCACGCUCGGCAACCCUGCUGCGAAUAUUUGGGAUAUCUCCAAUUGACAGUUGUCAAAAUGUUCGUGAUUUGACAUUUGACACUCCAGAAAUAUUUGAAAUCUUUCAUAAAUGUCUUCUGUAUUCAUUCCAAAUUCCAAGUUAAAUAAUGAAAUGUAGGUUCUCUUCAAGAAGUAAGCCGGGUAAUUAUAUGAUUCGUACAGAACUUAGAUUAACGCUACCAUUUUAUAGAAUUUGAAAAGUUGUCAACAAAUUCUUUUUAAGUUAUAUAUGGAUAUGAAGAGCUCAUAACUUGUUAGGUUUCUGUAUCCAAAAUUAUGGAUAAAAAGGUAAUACCGCUGUAUAUAACAGACAGCCUUGCUGCUCUGGUCGCUUUGGCGACAAAAGACAAUGUUUUCAAAUACCUCAACAAAUCUCAUAAGCUUAAAAAUUUAGCUUCCAAAAUGAAAGCGGAACUGUUGCUGCUGUGUCGAGAGGACCAAGAGAAAUGUUACAUUUUAGCUAAGCGCUAUGUUUUGCUGAUGGAUCACCUAUUUAAAGUAUCUGACGAUCCGAAAAUAUAUUCGCACUUUGUUUCUCAAUGACUAUAACACUGUAAAGACACUCUUGAAUAACCUCAGGAGUGAACUAGAGGAAAGGUAUAAAGUCUUGCCAACUUCGCUUCAAGAAAAAAUGUCCAUCAGCUCAAUGCACUCGAGAGCUCCGCAUAGCAGCAAUACGCGUUCAGACCAGUCUUCGAUUGUUCUGGAUAGCGACUAUAUUCAACCGACUGGCGAACCUGACCCCUUUAUAGACUUUGAACUGAUAGAAGAUGAUAUGGCCUCAGAUAUCCGGGAACCAAGAGGCGCUCCACUAGUGCAAAAUCCUGGAAGCGGAUUGUUCCUUACACCUAAAGAGUUUUACAUACGCCUUGAUGACAUGAACGUGUUAAUUGUAGACGUUAGACAAACUAACGAAUACGAUCAAACUAGAAUUCAGAAAAAGGCAGGAGGCAUGAUUAAUAUUCCACCCGAACUCAUUCAACCAGGCCUUUCCGCAAAUACGCUAGGGCUUAAAUUGCCACCAGUGACCCGUGUAAUCUGGGAUAACCGAGAUAGCUUCGACUGCAUUGUCAUUUUGGAUUAUGACACAACCAAGUUUACCUAUGGAUUGUCGAAAUUGCACUGCCUACGCAUAUUCAUAACUGAGUGGGACUUCAACAGAAGCUACCGGGAGCUCCCAUUUAUCCUAGAUGGCGGUUUAAAAGAGUUCGUUCAAUGUUAUCCUUCAGAAGUAGAGAAUUCUGGUUGUUUGUUCGCUAAGCAAAACUCGGAGAUCGAUGAUUUGUUGGAUAUAGACUCAGUGGAAUAUCCUGGUGCAGCCUCAGGAGGAGGUCAUAGAAACCUCAUGGUUGAUUCGGCAUAUUCUAUGAGCAACAUAGCAAAACGUGUAGAGAGGGACUUCCCCCCAAAAGAUGAAGACGAUGAAGUAGCGCUUAAAUUGCGUAAUAUACGUUCAGAAGGGGCAUUGCCGAAAAAUUCGUACUUUGCCAAGGAGCCAGGUGUAUCUAGUGGGCCUUAUACCAGCAUUUCCGAGCAUCGAAUUCCAAUGGAAUACAACAAAGGAAACAUUAACCCUGAAGCUUCGACGGACUUCAUGAAGCCGCAAGAUAUGUCGGUUGAUGUUUGCCAGGCACUCCGAAAGCUGAUGGAAGGUGACAGAGAGUUGCUGAUGCUAAAAGCCCGCGCAUCAAAACCAACUUAUCUUCUAGAGCAAUGGAAUGAGGGUAACCAAGACUACUCAAGGUCACCUGAAAGACGGAGAAAUAAUUCUCCAGAGCCGAUGGACAAUUCUGUGGCAACCUAUGUCUCUCCACCUCCUUCCUUUGACAGGUGUUUUAAACCUGCUAAAGUCAAAGAACCAGAAAAAGACGUGAAGGGGCGAGGCUUCACGGGAAUCCGAAAUUACAAGAAUUGCUGUUUUAUGAGCGCGAUCUUACAAUGUAUGAAAACAUUGCCGUUCAUAAAAGAGUACUUUGUGAAUACAAACAGGCACUUAACCCUGAAUCGAAGAGUACCUCCGGUAUUCAAUAUAUUGAUGGGUGAGGUGUUUGAUAAGCUGUGGGAGGGUACUGAGGAUGAUCCAAAAAUCUACUAUCCCCAAUUUAUAAGGGAUAAACUCAGCCGCGUGAACCCAAUGUAUGAAAAAGGGUGGCAUGAAGAUGCGUUCGAGUUCUUCACAUUUUUCUUCGGCCAACUCAGCGAGGAUUGCAUGGUCGAAAUGCCCAGACCGGAGGUUAUGACGGAUAGUGAACAAGCUUGGUAUAGUGCUCUACAAGGGCGAUCGAGCUUUUUGGUGGAUAGAACGUACCAUCAAUUUAGGAAUGAGAAAACUUGCACUCAUUGCAAAAAGAAGAUCUGUUCAUUCGAAACAGAGGGUAUCCUAAAUCUUGCCAUGCGGCAGAAUUUAGAACCCUGUGAAUUAGAAGGUUUGAUCAACGAUUAUCUGGCCGAAACCACUGAAAAAGACUAUCAGUGCGAGAUAUGCAAGAACAUUGGUGCAGUCGUGAACAAGAGAUCUGUCGUCGUAGAUCCAGACACGUUGAUUAUAUGUCUGAAAAGAAUCCUAAUUUAUGAAGAUGGAGUAAUGAAGCAUCCUGGUCUUGUCAGUUUUCCGGACAAGCUACAAUUUGGAACCUCGGUGUAUAAACUCUACGCUCUUGUCCAGCAUAGUGGAACUCUAUCUCAAGGCCAUUACAUUGCCACUGUUUUACUUGACGAUGUAAGAGACGACUGGAUCGAGUUCAAUGAUGACGUUAUGACUCGCAUCAAUACUAGGCCGUUGAAAGACGCUCCUGGAAUAAGAUCGAGUGUAGCUGGGUUCUUCUACGUUCGUCAAGAUGCUGCAGAACCUAAUGUGGUAUAGUCUGAUAAAGAAAUGUGAUACUAGAAUUACUAAACAACAUAUAUACAACAUUCCUGGAUAAGACGCAGUAUUUUUCUAGUAAUUUUAUCAUAUACCAAGUUCCUUUGAAGUGCCUAUACACGUAAUUUUUCUAUUUAGGAAAUUUGAAUAUCGAGCUCUAUUGUCUAUUUUCGCGGCGUAAAUGAGGUUAGAGUUUGCUUCUUGUCACAUCAUACAAAUAGCGUUUUCGCGCUAAGCAACUGGAAAGGGCAAAUAUAUUUGCAGGAAGUUAUUUAUGCUGCUUCAUAAUACACAGUGGGUAGAUCGAUAUAUUUGUAUUGAAUCUAUCCUCUGACCUUUAUGUAGCUUGUAAAUAUUUUUGUCAGAAUAUCCAUAUAAUAUUCAUGCAUGUUUUUGUGGAUAUAGAAUAUCAAUUUUAAGAACAAAAUGAUACAUUAUGCAUGUCAGAUGUGUUUUGACAAGAAGCUUUGUUUAUAUGAUUUAAGAAUUGUUGGGGUACAUCACUUUUGGAAAAUACAUGUAUAGAGUUGUCUUAAAAUGUUCUCAGUAGAUUUUUCGAUCAGUCCUAUGAUUUCAAGAUUCUAUACAAAUUAUCUAAAAACAAAAGGCAUAAUCAUUCUUGACAUAUCUUUCAGAUCUUUCUCAACGAAGUAGGCGGUCUUUUUAAUCUGAGGCCUCCUUGUUACCAUAAUGCAUAAUCAUCUACUUCAAGGCUCCCUUAUUCCAUUAUUUUCCUUAUUCCAUAUCAAGCUUCAAAGGACCAGGGUGGGUUUUCGACCCUGAAAAUGACUGAAUUAAAAUUGAUUGCAUCUAUGAGAUUUUCGAGUUUGAGUAUUUUAGAACAUACAGCAGUCAAUUGGGGUGAGAAUGAUCAUAAAAAAAGUGUUUCACUAUAAUUUGCUAUCUACAUAAUAUAUAAUGUUUUGUAAACAGAUUGUUUCAAUAGAUGUUAGUGUUAUUGACAAGUUUCAAUAGUUAGAAAAUGAAAACUAAAAUAAUAAAAAAUAGGGAAAAAACUAUGUGAACAAUCUCAGACUAAAAGUGGGGAGUCAUUGAUCACAUAUAAAUUUAACCUAUAUUAUAAACAGGCAGGUUCAUACAAGUUGAUCUAUCUGACCCCGAAAUGUUUAGUUACGGUUUAAAAGUUAUAAAAGAUUUUUGUUUAAGGGGUGUGAUUGUUCAGUGCGGGUGAGAUUGAUCAACGAUAACUUGCGAGUUUAAAAUCCAAAUACAUAUUUUAUUGUCAAUUUAAAAAAAACAUUUAUUCUACCUGCUGAAUUGCUAAAAACAGGUGUUUUAUUCUAUAAUAAAAGGUUGUAUGUUAAAAUAAAUAGGUGACUACAUUAAAAAACAAUUAAAAGUAAAGGAUAUCUACAUUUCAUAAACAUCGAUUUGCUUUUUAAAUAAAUAGGUUACGUUAUCAUUAGAGUUAUUAACAUUAGGCGUAGGUAGAAUAGCUAUAACGUCUUCUAUCUCAACUACAAACCCAUCGUCGGGCUGCGGAACGAAUAAUUUACGUGUCUUGUCACAAGAUUUCAUUCGUAAUACUUCAAACUCCUGUUUAUCUCCAUCGGAAUGUAUUGCCUGAAUCACUGCUGUGUAGCGAUAAACCGUUUUUUUCUUGAUCCUCCGAAUACCUUCACAAGUAUAAAUUUUCCAACUGCAAUAUUUUCUAAUCGCGGUUCUAAGUAUUCAGUUUCUUCUUGCACAUCCUCUUUGAUGUCCUCAACAGCUUCGUCAUCCGAAUGGUCAUUGGUUAGUGGUUCACCGACAUCUGAAUCACUCGAACCAUCAUUGCUGGCCGUUACACUUUUACCAGGCUCCACAUUAAGCUUCUUGCGUUUAACAUUUUUUCUUGUUGGAACUGAGGAGAAUCGUUGUUCUUGUAAAUAGUUUAGAAGGGAUUCACUGACAUCGGCAGUUGGAUUUGGAUGAACAACUGGAAUUUUGCGCAAAACACGCUCUGGAUCUAGUGGCAUAAUUCCAGCUGCUUGACAUGAGGUCGUUUUUAAUGGCAUUAAUGGAUUUGAUUUCCAUUUCGGUGAUAGUGGAUGCAAGAAGUUGAGGGAAAGUCCUUAUCAAUUGAUGUUUGCUGCCUAUGUGUCAUUUUCCAAUUGGUCAAUACACUCCUCCAUGCAUUCUUAAAUGGGCGAAAAAAGCCUACAUCCAAAGGCUGCGUCAGGUGAGUGGAAUAUUUAGGUAGGCAGACAAAAUCAAUGUCAUUCUCUUCACAUUGCGAUAUAACAGUCUCGGUAAAAUGAGACGAAAGGUUGUCUCCUAGCAAAACUUUACGUCCUGGCAAUCUCUUAGCAUGCGGCAAAAAGCAUGAUUCAAACCAUUCGGUGAAUGUUUGGGCAUCCAUCCAUCCAUCCGGGAUGUGUCCUAUUGUAACGCGAUCCGGCACUGCAGUAUCUCUUAUUACAACAUGGUUCUCCUUUUGGUCCCAUUUCAAUCCACUGCUGCCAGAGCUUUCCGGCUUUGUAGACGAUGUAUGGGGGCAAAAGCACUCCAGAUGUGGAGCCGCACAUCAUAACAGUUACGGCAGUUUUAGUAAAAUUGCAAACACGUUCUGGGUACUUUGUGCCACGACGAAAAAGCAGUUUUUUUUACCAGGAUCGUCCAAUAAUUCGUUUUGUCAUAGUGGAAUAUAUUAGACGCAGGAAUAUCUUUUAGUGUGUUGCUUAAAUUUUCAAAAUACUCAACUAUAGUGUUUCGCGAAACAUUUGCACGACAUUGUUUUAUGUUCGUUGCAACUUUUUGACUUAUUUCAUUUUUAUGCCUAUUCAGUAAACCAUAAACCCAAUCUUUACCUGGCAUAUUGUUCUUGAAUUUUGUUUCUGACCGUCCUUUGCUAUCUAAAUAGUUUUUGGCUAGAUUACGUACAUCCAAAAUGCCUAAUGGAAACCUCCACAUAUACUGGCAGAUUUAAUAAAAGCUAUUUCUUCAUUUUUAGAAAAGACGGUUUGUCCACCUGUCUUUCUAGUACGCAAACCACAAUAUUUGUUUCUAAGGGUACCAAAUGGGAUUUUGUACUCAGUUGAAGCACGACGUAAUGACCAUUUAUCUUCCGUGACCUUUUCUAGUGCUGCCUCCAAUGCUUCUGGCUUAUAAUCCGCAUAUUUUCGAGCCCCCAAUUUCUUUUGUAUUGCCGUGGCAUGAUUUAUGAACUGAAAAAAAACGACACUAUAAGUAUAAUCGAGCAAUUUUCAAUAAUAUACGAAGAAAUAUCUUGAUCAAUCUCACCCCGCACUUGCGAUCAAUCUGACCCCAUCGCAUAAAUUUAAUUAUAAACUACAAACGUGUUCUCCGAGAGUCGUGAAUUACAGAACGUGACAUCCUGAGACAUGGUUAGAUUAUUUCAUGCCGGCAAAUAACUAAAUAUAUUACCAUAAUUAUACUUACCAGACAAAGUUCUGGAAGCUAUAAAUCCUGAUUAAACACAUAACAGAUCUUAACUGCAGUUUUUUUACACAACACAACGCAUUAACGACGCUGCAGGCACACAUGCUAUUCAACUAUGUUUUUACAACGAUAACCUAGCGGCAAAGGCCAAAUCUAACCGGCGAUUGGCGCGGUAAAUUCGAAUUUAUAAAAGAAUGAUGAUCAAUCUCACCCCCAGUUAUCAAUCUCACCCCAAAUGACAGCAUUUUUUCUUCAAUCUCAAUAACGAAAAGGUAUUUUUUUGUCACUAGAUCUAUUUCAAAGCUAACUUCCAAACAGUAAUUUUUGAUGGCGAUAGUUCAAGCAAAUUAGAAACAAUAGAACAAUAAUAGGAAUUAUAGAAUUCAAAGCACUCAAAAAUAGACAAGUAAAUAAGUUUUAACAAAAUUCAUUCACAGCUAGUACUCUGUCAUCAUAGGAUUUGCAUCAUUUACGACCUGAAGACUUCCUGGAAUAUAAUUUUUUGAGCUAAUUCUGAUCUAAUCUGGUCCCAUUUCUGCAGAACAUCUUGUAGCUGUAGUUCCGCAGAAAUUUCAUUUUUUCGGGCCUUCAGGUCCAGCAAGAACCGAAAAUGUUUAAUGGGAUUGAUAUUCGGGAUUGUGCAAAAACAAUGUAAAGUUACUAUUCCUUUGUUUUAGUAACGGUGUGUUGAAACAUAAAUGUUUCCUUGAUCCCCAAUUUUCUCAGCGCUGCUGUGCAUGUUUUGGGACAAAAGUUAACAUUACUUGUCUGCAUUCAUAAUGCCUUGAUGAAGCUUAGAUUUCCAACACCAUUCCACGACAUGUAGCCCCAGACUAACUAACUAACUAAUCAUCAAUUUCCACUGUUGGACUGAUAUGUCUCAUUUUCAAAUUGAGUGUUAGGUUUUAUCCAUACAUUUUUGCCGCCAUCAGACCUUACAUCUUGAUCUUACUUUAAUCUUCAAGGUUUCGGAUCUUAUGGUCACAAAUAUGUUUGAAGAAAACUUAAAAUACUCAAUUUGAAAUGAGGCAUAUCAGUCCAACAAUGCAGCAUGGAGGGACAGCGUUUUAGUCUGGGUCUGUAUGCUGUGGAAUGGUGUUGGAAAGCUAGGUUCAUCGAAAGUACUAUGAAUGCAAACAAUUCUAUUAUUUUGCAUGAUAACAUGCUGAGCAGCACUGGAAAAUGGAGAUCAGGGGAACAUUUAUCAUUCAACAGGAUAAUGAUCUUAAACACAAACAAAUUCACUUCACAAUAUCCCUGCCCAACUCAAAAUCUCCAAAUACUAAUCCCAUUGAACAUUUGUGCUACUUGCUGGACCUGAAGGCGUGAAAAAGUAAAAUUUCUGUCAAACGACAGCUACAAGAUGUUAUAUGCAGGAAUGGGACCAAAUUGGACCAGAAUUUCCAUGCCAUGACUGCUUCAGACUAUAAGUGAUGCUAAUGGUAUGAUAACAAAGUAACUGUAAACAGAUUUUGUUAUCACUUAUUUACUUGUUUUUUGUCAAUAUUUUUUUACCUUUGAAAUUCGUAUUUCCUAUUAUUAUUCUUACAUUAGUUUUAAUUUGCCCAUCAAAACGAAAAAUGUUGAUCAAAUUUAAAAAUACAUAUCUUAUAAGAUGUUUGAAAAAAUUUAACUUAAGUUAUUUCCAGAUCCGAAAAUCCCGCUUUUCCAUCCUGAUCCCUUACAAUCGACCCUGUUUGUCAAAAUCAGAAAUUUCGGUUAUCCUAUUGAUUUCUUACCAUAUUGAGUAGGUCCAUACGUUUAUUGUUUCUCGUGUAAAGUAGUAAAAUAAGAAAGCCUUGAAAUUAUUGUAUAUAGAUCUAAACAGAAUGCUUAACAACUCUUCUGUCUGUCCCAAAUGUCAAGCCUUAGUGAAGAACACCUACUGAUUCGUCCCCAAAAUGUAUUCCCGAGAUACACAGACAAACUCUUAUUGUAUUAUAAAGAUAUUGUGCAAUAACUUAUAUUACCCAAGGUCUUUAAGUCCUUGUUUAUAAGAUUGACUGGUUCAAUUGGUGCUCUGCAAAAAUUUCAUUUCAGUUCAAGCCAGCCUUUUUCCUGUGCCCCAACAUUCAUGUUUAUGUUUUAUGUUACUUAUCGUUGUUGUUGCAACAUUCAUGUUUAUUUUUUGUUACUUAUCGUUGUUGUUGAGUCAUAUUUUAUACUAGGCUCUCCUGCACUAUUUGAAAAAGACAGAAGGCUUAGCAACAAUGGAUAUUUUCCAACCUUACCAUAUCCUUCGUUAAUGUUGCUCAAAAUUCCAAUACAAAAUCCAUAGACAAUUUUUUUUCAUAUCACCAGGUUCUUUGGUCGGAUCAAGAAACUCAUGAGAUCCUUUGCAUUAAAUGAUAUAUUCCAACUUUACCAUAGCCUUUGUUAUUUCAAACAGUUUUUUAUCACGCAAAAGACAUAGUUACAUAUCAUUUACUAGCAGAUACUCCAUAUACAUCAUUUUUGCAGCAACCAGAAGAGAGCUAGGUAUAUAAUAUGCCGCCAGAUUGCUUUAAAGGCCGUUUUCAUAAUUUAAGUUUUAUUUAUUUUAAUAUAGAUUCGUUGUGUACACAGAGAACUUAGUACAAGCUUCUUAAUAUAGUGGAUCCAAAUGAACUUUACAGGAUUUCAUAAAAGGUGUUCAGUUUGACAGAUUGAUGUGGAACACAAAAAAUAAUUCAAAAGGUGUAGGUACUGUUACAUGUUUUUUUUGUUCAAUGUGGGUCCAAUAAAUUCAUCACAUAUUCUAGAAACACCCUUUUGAGACAGUUGCAUGAUUUUUUAUAUCUGAAUACAAGAAAGGCUAAAGUACCCUCUCGACAUUCCACUGAAAAGCUUGUGCUUUGUCCAGAACAGCAAGAACAACUUAGUAGCUUUUGUAACUUAAAAAAAAUAUGUUUUUAUAAAAACUUUUGAAACCUGUUGGGAUACUCUGUGGCUUAAAUUAUUUUUAUAUUUGUUUUGAUUGACCAAUAGCAAAACAUGAAAACAUUCUAGUCUCUGCAUGAAUAUAUGUAAUCUAUAUAUUGUUUUGUUUAGGUAUUUAUUACUAUAG